CCGCUGGAGCCACUGCAGCGAAGAGGCGACGCGCCGGGAAGCUACACUAUAGCAAGACACAAGCUGGAAUCAAAACACAACUUCAGGGCCUUCAUCCACCUUCGCCACUUAGAAUUGGGCACAGGAAGUGAAUAGGUGUCUGCAAAGUGGUUUUGUGGGAAGAAGGACGUGCAAACGCUUGUUUAUGCGAGCGAAGUAAGCGUUUUGGCCUUGACAGCUUGGCUAACGUUAGGCCCAGCUAGUGCUAACGUUAGCCGUGGAGCUUACUUUCACAAGCAAAAGCAAAACAAGGAAUGAGUGAUGACCUCUGUGGUAGUGUCAGACGGUGGAGGGAACAUAGUGGAGUAUGUCACCGUGGUGGAGGAGCCCCAGCAGUGUGAGCAGCAGCCCACUGAGGAGGAGGAGGAGGAGGAGGAAGAAGAAGUGGUCCAGCAGGAAGUCGAGGCGGUGAUUGUUGGUGGAGAGGAGGUGGAGGAAGAUGUGGAAGAAGAGGAGGGUGUGGUGCUGCAGGAAGAGGGGUGUCCGGCAGUGAUCGUGGAGGAGGUUCCCAGUGCCCAGGUGGAGGAGUGUUACUCAGCACAGGUCCUGGUCUAUGACGAUGAGACGUAUCUGAUGCAGGACGUGGCUGAGGAGCAGGAGGUGGUUACAGAGGUGGCUGAGACUGUGGAGAUGUCGGGUCAUGACAUGGUGUGUUUUGACAAAACCUUUGAAGCAGCCGAAGCUCUUCUCCACAUGGAGUCUCCUGGAGGACUACACAAUGAACGCAACACAGCAGAGGAUGUGAUGAUGGAGACGGUGGUGGAGGUGUCUACAGAGUGUGGGCCCAUAGAGGAGGAGUCCUUUCCCAUCCCUCCUGAUUGUGAACCUGCUGCCAAGAGAAAGAGAGGAGGUGGACGCAAGCCCAAGACACACCAGCCUGCUUCGAAUGGAUCCUUUGACCUGGGGAUCAAGAAAAGACCGAGGGAGGGCAAAGGCAACACCACCUAUCUGUGGGAGUUCCUGCUAGAGCUGCUGCAGGAUAAAAACACCUGUCCCCGGUACAUCAAGUGGAUGCAGAGAGAGAAGGGCAUCUUCAAACUGGUGGACUCCAAGGCCGUGUCCAAACUGUGGGGGAAACACAAGAACAAGCCCGACAUGAACUACGAGACCAUGGGCAGAGCCCUGAGGUAUUACUACCAGCGUGGCAUCCUGGCUAAAGUGGAGGGACAGCGACUGGCCUACCAGUUUAAAGACAUGCCCAAGAACAUCCGGGUGAUUGAUGACGAGGAGGAUGGAGAGGAGCUGGAGGAUGGUGAGGGUGUGGUUUCUUCUAGCCAGCACCCGGCUCACCAGCAUGGCCCCUCCAGCCUGAGCACAAACUCCCCCACCGCCACCCAGCCUCAGCAGACCUAUGUUACUGUCAUCCCCAGCAACGCCGCCACCAGGCCCAUCCGAGCCAUGCCAGUGGUCAUGACCAACUCGCUCGGUCAGGUGACGUUAAACUCCUCCUCCAUCCUCACCACCACCACAGGAGUGCCAGUAACGGUGGCCAAUGCCUCCGCCAGCGCUCCCCCAAAACUGGUCAUCCAGGCUCUGCCCACCAUGCUGCCUGCCGGCUCCAAAGCAGGAGAGAAGAUCACCAUCAUUACCAUCCCAGCCAACCAGCUGGCCACGCUUAUGCAGGCCAACCCAUCAGGCCAGGUCACGCAGCUCAUCCAGGCUAAACCUGUUGCUACACAGUUAGCGCACACAACCGCUAAACCGGCCACCACCACCCCUACGGUCCAGCUAACAGCAGGCCGGCCCACGCCGCAGCUCAUUCUGGCUAAACCGGCAGCAGUGGCUCAGCCACUGCCGCAGCUCUCUGUGCAGGUCAGCCAACCUCAUCCUGCACCACCCAAAACCCCCACCCAGCUCCCGAAGCCCUCCAGCAGUCAGCCCGAAGUGGCACAAUCAGAGGCAGCAGCAGAGGCUCCACCCCCCUCCAGCUCACCAGCAGCAUCAGCAGAAACCACCUCAUCCUGAGUGCUCCGCCCUGAGCUGGGGCCCCCAGGGGGGACAGGGAGUGACUGUGGACACUGCUGAGGAAGUGCAGGACACAUCCUACCCCCCACACCCCCAUCACAGAUCAGAGUUGCUCUCUGAUUGGCUCAGACAGUCAGCCUGCUCUUACUAUGGAGCUACUGAAGCCCCACAAAGGAUUAAAGGGACUGUUGUAAAAACACACACACACACACACACACUCACACACUCACCGAUCCUCGGGAGCUCAGAAGAUGUGGGCAGCCUUAGACUGUAAACGAAAUAACUCCUUUUUGUAAUCAAACGUAAUAUAAAAAGCCUGAGCGGACUUUGUUGUAAACAGAAAUGUAAAAAGCAUUUUUUGAUACUCAGCAGGUAUGUAUCAGUCCACACGUAGUUUGAAUUCAUGUCUUUGUUUCCUCUUCUGUUUCAGUCUGCAGAGUUCUGUUACUCCACAGCACUGUUUUUUUACUGUUCAUAAAAAGGGAGUGAAAGGAUGUCUGCGUCCAGAUUUGAGAACUAAAUGGUGUGCUCCACAUCUGAAGUAUAAUAUACUAUUUUUUUCUUGUACUAUCAGUGUAUUGAAGUAGAUUUUACUGAAAUAUGUAUUAUAAAAAACAAACAAAUGUGAAUCA